AGAGAGACAAAUCCGACAAUUACGAACUCGGAUUACUGAGUUGGAGGCUAUAAUUAAUCGAACUCCUGCCCAAGAACAGGAAUUACAGGAUAAAAAGAAGGAAUUAGCCGAAUUAGAAAAACAACAGCAAGAGGGAGUGGCUCAUAUAGUAGGAUUAAUAGUCAUUGGGAAAUAUGUUGUCAAAAUAAAGUAUAAAGAGGCACAAUUGGAGUUAAGAACAAAAGAACUAGAAAAGAAAAAUGGACACGAACAGCACCAAAUAGAUGAAUUAAAAAAGGAAGUCCAAGAAUUAAAGAAAAA